AUGCCGUUCCCAGAUGACAAUUUAAAAGCAAGACAAAAAUUAAAGGAAGCGGAAUUUACUUCUAGUUUAGAGAGUGAGUGUGAUGAGGCAGCAAACACUGGUCGUCAAAAGCGUAAGAAAGCUAGCCGAAAGUUGUUUGGUUCUUCAGAAGAAGACUGCGAGGAGGAGGAAGAGUCUUUACCUAGACCACCACCAAUUAAGCGACCCACUGUCACAUCUCGGAAAGAAGCUGCCGUAUUGAAAUCGCCAAGGCAUUCACACUUGGUAUCGACAAGAUUGGUGCAACGACCAACUAAUCAAACCGACAAUUUCCAAAGUCCUCAAACGUCAAAAGGCACUUUACAUCAUCGAAAUGCAGCGGAGCAGUCUCGGGAGCAAUUGACCGUUACAGUUGUAGAUAAACUUAUUGCCUUAGUGGCUCGUGUUAAAGAGCAAAACGACGAAAUUUUGUCUUGGAUCGCAAAACAAGACAAUAAAAAUACCAAUAACAUCUCAUCGUUUGGUAUGCCAGAGAUUCCAUUCUCCCUACCACUUCAAACUCAACAGGAAUUACUUGAGUUUAAUUCUUAUUUAAUUAAUAAUGGAGAAAAGUAUACUGCUUUGGGUUCGUAUUUGACUACUCUUGGUGGUGAUACUAUCACAUCUAAAACUAACAGAAUAUUAAAAAAUCUGAUAUCUGAUUCGGUUGCGUCACAAUUUAAUUUUUACGGUCAGCGGUCCACAAAACAAGCGUUCUCCACAUUAUUGGUGAAGAGCUUAAUCGUUGAUGCUGUUAAGAAGAGCAUUUCACAGACAAGGAGUUAAAGUAUCAUUUCCCAUUAUUCAUAGUUAUGAAGAAGUUGACGCUUAAUUAUUCUUUAUUAUUUAGUAGUGUAGCUCUUGUAUUUGUAUUUUUAUAGCAUAACACCUUUUUUUAAAGCAUUGUUUGCAAGCAACGAAUAAAUAGAAGA